AUGGAUGCGCUACAAAGCUUCGUCCUUCUCAACGACAAUGUGCCCUCAUGGCUCGCAAAGCUUGAUGACCUCACUGUCAGUGUUGCGGCGCACAAUGCUCGCUUCUUAGAAAUGGCCCGUUACGGCAGCAGACUGCUGAAGAAAAAGAACCUUUCCACCGAAUCCCUCCGCGAAGGUCCAGUCCAUUGCUACACCAUUGAAGGAGAGACUGCCGCCAAAGCUACAGACAUCUACGUGCCGCCAAAUCCUUCACACCAAUGCCUCUCCCAUGCAUCUCGUGCCAGAAAUGUCCCCAACAAUAGCGUCCUCGUGCGAAAGCGGAAAGGUUCCAACGCAUCAGUCCUUUCAGGCCAACCCCGAUACCGCACGAAAAGCAUGGUGGUCGUUUAUUAUGACUCUGCCGUUCAAGAAUCCUUCGAAUUCCUCUUCCGCAGCAUUGCCGGCGCGCGCAACAACCUUCGCAAAGGCAAGACGUCUGCCAGCUUUAAAGCACGCAUGGCGUCACUAGUCACGGAGAGUGCAUACCCUGCCGCUGGAGAAUUUUACAGGCCAAGUCCCAAGAUGAUGAAAGCCGGCCUCGGACGUAGGACCCUUGGCCCAGACUUCGGUGCCGACGACAAGCUGUCAACCUUUGACGAAGCAGACAAAGAUCUCGAGAUCACUCAAAGUUUGUGUGAAGUGGCUGCGCAUCAGUUUCUACGGGACGGAGAUUGUCGACUCGAGAUUGAGGGCAUGAGGAAGAAGUUCGAGAACUGUCGAGCAAUAGCGGAAAAAGAAGUGGAGAGGUUGAAAGAGGAGGAAGCACGAGAACAAGAAGAGAAGGAGGGUGUGGCCGAGCUAAUCCAGGAAGAGCAGCUGCCAGUGGUGAAAUAUGUCGAGGCCAAAGUGAACCCUCCACCACCGCUGAAGGGGAUCACCUUCACAGGGACAGGUGUGAUUGAAAUCGAUGAUGGAUCCGAUGCGGAACGCGUUGUCCUUUCAGAGUCGGAGUCUGAGUCUGAUCUCGAUAAUGACUCCGAUAAGUCCAUUGAUAACGCCAAUGCCACUAAGCGGAGCUCAAGUUAUUUAUGCUUAAACACCAAGUCCAGCAUUGAUGAUGCCUCUAAGAAUUCCCUUGAUGAUGAUCCAGAUAAUGCCACCAAGAACUUCAAUAGCGACGACGUCAAGAAGGGACGUCUAAGAAAUAAUAGAUGCGUUGUUCUUUUAGAGUCUGAACCUGAUCUCGAUGAUGACUCUGAUAAGUUCACUGAUAACGCCAAUGUCACUAAGCGGAGCCCAAGUCAUUUACGCUCAAAUACUAAGCCUAACAUUGAUCAUACCUCCAAGAAGUCCAUUGAUGACGACGCCUGUGAUGCCUCUAAGAACUCCAGUGACGACGACCUCGGUGAUGCCUCUGGCAAGUCUGAUGAUGCCACACCCAGCGCCACCUCCAUCAAGAGAGACCCAAGCCAUCGCAAUACAACCAUUUGGACAGACAAUGAUACAUCAAGUCCGAUAGGAGGGUCGAAGACGGUCAAACGAAAGGCAGACACGGUGGGCAUUGACCUUUACAAUAUAAUAUCUUCUUCGCCUCGAGCGUCUAACGAGUCGGAUGCGUUACAAUAUGACGAUGAGCGCCCGGGAAAACGCCAUCGACUCACGCGUGGACAUGGACGAAGUACCGUGAGCUACGAUAUGAAGCACCAUCCAAUGGAUGAUGUCCUCCGACCCAAAUAUUCAGCAGAGAGGCGAGCGAAAGCGAGACAAGUUCCCGAAGAGUCCAGUGACAGUGGCUCUGAGAUCGACGAAGCACCAAGCCGGAAUACUACCUCUUUAGAUCCUCAUCGCCGCCGGUCCUCUCGCAAUACUCAUCGAGGUGAGAAACCAAUGUACAGCGCAAAAUGGCAUCCCUUAGAUCAAAUGCUGAAAGGCAAUGCUUCCGCAAUGAGUGUCCCAAACCCCAAUGGCCGUAGCGGAAAGAGUCCCCAAAAGUCCAACGACUCCUCUUCUACGCUUAAGGACGGAGAAGACCCUAUAAUCGUAAGUUCUGAUCUUCAUCCCUAUCAACCUACCGGCAGAGCUUCCGAAUUAGGGGGUGGGACCGCACCAAUCAGUUCAGAUCGACGUCGAUCCGCACGAGUAUUGUCUUCCAAAGAUACACCGCCGAACUACGACAUGAAAUAUCAUGUAAUGGAUUCUACCCUUCGUCCAAACGCUGCUGCAAAGCGAUUGAAGUCCAAAUUACAUUCAGCCACUCCAAGCGAUUCCCUCCGCGAGUCAGCAUCCUCUGCAAAGGCUCACACGGAACAGCCUGCAAAAGCUUCACCAAAGUCCUUCACAAGGCGUUCGGUGAGCUCCGAGUCCGAGCUGGACAGCCCCAACGUCUCACCUGCCUCGUCUGAAUUGCAGAAUCCAUAUCUGAAUCGAACCUCACUAGAGUGGGCUGAAGUUCAAGAUAUGGAUCGAUGCGUUUAUCUGCUUCAGAGAGGUGCGCCUCUUUGUGGUAACACUUUACCCCAGGACUGGACCCAUGAUGUCGUCAAGAAAGUGCUUUCUGAUAAGGGCGUAAUCACUUUUGAUGAGCUCAGCAGCCAGGGAGCUACCGAACUAUUGAAAAGUCGCUAUGAGAGCGUUCGACUUGGUCUUCAAAAUUUCUUUGGCAGCGGGCCCGAGCCGGUCAACAAGAAAGAUUGGACGUUAUCAAAAGCCGAAGGGUUCGAUGUUUACGAUAUGAAGCGGGGCUUAAAAUACUGGAAACAUCUAAAGGACAGUGUUGUCGGUGGCACCAAGACCAGCAGCAGUUCCAACAGCCUGGGGUUUGCAGCCAAAAAGGCAAAAUCUAUGCCAGGAAAUGAUGACCAGGAAGCGACAGACAGUGUUUUGGAAGAACGAGAUAGGAACGAAGCAAUAAUGGCUACAAGGAUGCAACAUAUCAAGAAUGAAGGAACAAAUCCCAACAAGUCCUGUUUGAAAUGGCCACCAAUUUCGGAAGUCGACACCGAGCGAACUAUGAUCGUCGACCUCGAGGAUGAUGGCGAGCUAGGUGUGAUUAUCGAGACUGAGGACACUCUGGUAGAGAGCAUGCGAGGUGGAAACAUCCCUUCGUCGAUCAUGAGCGAUGCAGCACUCGAGGAGCUGUUAUUUCCCAUCGAGCAGCACUUGAGGGAGGAAUGUAACCAGGAAAUCACGGCUGAUCCAGUCUCGAGCAAUUCGAGAAGUUCUGAACCUGCUGGACUAGUCCUCGACCAUCCGGACAAGACUCUCGGUGAACUCAACUCCGUUGCUUCCGAAGCUGAGGCAGCGGAUCUGAAUACCUCAUCUAAUCGUGGACUGACCGGACCUGUCCCACUCGGCAAGGACGAAAGGACGUCGAGUGUUAAUGUCGGCCCUCGCGAUGGAUCUGGUAAAUCACAGACUGCUAAGGCGGAGGUCAAGACGAAAAAGCGCAAGUCGAAGGUAGACGUUGCCAUCGCUGUACACGAAGAUCUCCCCGGCAGGACUCCGCUAGUCAAGAAGAUUGUCAGCAUGAAUCCUGCCUCUCCUGGCACAGACAUACCAAAGGAGAACCUCGAAGACGAUGGCUCGGUGGAACAUUCAAGCCAGGUCGAGAUACGAACGCCUCGGAUUCGCCGACACCACGAAGCUAUCGGCACGCCUAGCAUUAGAAGAGUCAGUCGUCUCGGAAGUGCAACAACCACGACACCAGCUUUUCGCUCUCUCUUUGGUGGACCCCAUGGCUCUUCAUCUCCAGGCAGCUCGCCGACGACACGAUAA